GGCGCUGGCGGGGAGGGAGCAGCGCCCCGGGGCUCCCGGAACCAGGGCAGGGCGACCUCGGUUCGCGCACAUUCCCGGCCCCUGAGCGCGGCGCCCGGAAUAGCAGCCCCGGGGCGGGGGGUGCGGGCGCUCAGGCCCCGCGUCGCCCUCGCGCCCGGCUUCCCAACGUCGCCGGGACCCAGGCGCCCGACACCAGGCCGCGGCUCUCGGGAGGGACCCUCCCUCCCCGGGCUCGCUCCAGGCAGCCCCCGGCCGCGCGGGGGCGCUCGCGGCCGCCGCCCCUCCCGCCCCCGGCCUGGGCACGUCCGGGGAGGCCCCGGUGGGAGGGGCCGCCCCGAGCUCCCCCCACCCCACGGCCCGCACCUCGGGCCCCGCCGCUUCCGCUCGCCCUGGGGCCGCGCGGGGAGCCUGGACGCGCUGCCCGGGCUCCGCGCAGCCGGCGACCCUGGCGCUCCAUCCCACACCCUCCGAGAUGAGGCCACGAGGCGCCGACUGGACCGGGGCCAGGUCACCCCUCCCCGCCACGCCUCCAAACUGGGGGCUCCCUGCUGCCACGGGGUCUCAUAGAAUCAUGGACUGAGUCCAGCCGGUCCCCGCUGCACAGAUGGGGAAACUGAGGCCUGGGGCAGCGGAGUGGCUGGCCUCUGGCCACACAGGAAGGGAUCCCUCAAAACUUUCCUGUAAGGGUGGGCUCUGUGGUCACCCCACUCUUCAGAGAAGUGGGGCCCAGAGACGUUUAGUUACGACCCAAGAUCACACAGCCAGUCAGGGCAGAGCUGGGCUUCAACCCCUGUCUGCGGCAGCUCCACUGCAUCGACCCCUCUGCUCCCCCAGACCCCGCCCCUUCCAGAACCUCCUGCUCUUGCUCUGGACCCUCCUGCACUGUGGUUUGGGGGGCAGUGCUCAGGGUCCAGGCGAGUGGACGCCGUGGGGCUCCUGGAGCCGCUGUUCCAGCUCCUGCGGGCGGGGCGUCUCGGUGCGCAGCCGGCGCUGCAUCCGGUUUCCUGAGGAAGAACCGUGCUGGGGUGACACCCACGAGUACCGCCUCUGCCAGUUGCCGGACUGCCCCCCAGGGGCCGUGCCCUUCCGAGACAUACAGUGUGCCCUGUACAAUGGCCGCCCCGUCCUGGGCACCCAGAAGACCUAUCAAUGGGUGCCCUUCCACGGGGCGCCCAACCAGUGCGACCUCAACUGCCUGGCCGAGGGGCACGCCUUCUACCACAGCUUUGGCCGCGUUCUGGACGGCACCCCAUGCAGCCCUGGUGCCCAGGCACUCUGCGUGGCUGGGCGCUGCCUGAGCGCCGGCUGCGACGGGCUGCUGGGCUCAGGCACCCUCGAGGACCGCUGCGGCCGCUGCGGCGGCGCCAACGACUCGUGCCUCUUCGUGCAGCGCGUGUUCCGAGACUCUGGUGCCUUCGCCGGGUACUGGAAUGUGACCUUGAUCCCUGAGGGUGCCAGACACAUCCGCGUGGGCCACCGGAGCCGCAACCACCUGGCGCUGAUGGGGGGCGAUGGGCGCUACGUGCUUAACGGGCACUGGGCGGUCAGCCCGCCCGGGACCUACGAGGCGGCGGGCACCCGUGUGGUCUACACCCGCGCCGCGGGGUUGGAGGAAACGCUGCACGCCGCCGGGCCCACCUCCCAAGACCUGCUCCUACAGACCCCUGCCCACCCUGCCCUGACACCCGCGGUCGUGCCCACCGGCUGCUCCACUAUUGCGGCAGCGACUUUGUGUUCCAGGCCCACGUGCUGGGCCGCCAUCGCCAAGCCCAGGAGACGCGCUAUGAAGUGCGUGUCCAGCUCGUCUACAAGAACCGCUCGCCACUGCGGGCCCGAGAGUAUGUGUGGGCCCCAGGUCGCUGCCCCUGCCCACCACUGGCUCCCCAUCGAGAGUACCUGCUGGCUGUCCAGCGCCUCGUCAGCUCCGAUGGCACACAGGAUCGGCUGCUGCUGCCUCACGCUGGCUACGCCCGGCCCUGGAGCCCUGCCGAGGACAGCCGCGCACGCCUGGCUGCCAGGCACUGUCCUAUAUGAGCUGCCAGAGGAGCCCCCCUCCCCACAAAGCAAGAAAGACAUACAGGCUGGAACUCAACCAGCCUUCCAGGAAGCUCGGAAAUAUCUCCCACGUGCAGCUAUGUGACUCCCCAUCCCACACACUUAGACACCUUGACAUGCAGUCAGAUCCACUGACACAGACAGGCUGCCACUGGCGAGGACACACUGAGUACACUCUUCACUCAUUUCCCCUCUCGACUUGGCUGCCAGGAGGCUCAUCACCAUCUAACUUCCUGACAUUCUGUGCUCUCUUCUUUCUGCCACUCACACGCACCCCUGCUUGUAUUCAGAGACACUGUCACAAACAGGCAGGCGCCUUAGAAGACAUGCCUAACCAGGUGCUGUAACAUACCAAUUACCCCUUUUGCCCUGGCUACCAGGAAACUCAGAAAUAAUUUUGACAGCCUCAGCGAUGCUGGCUGAGGUUUCUUUAGUCAACACUGCUGUUCACCCUUUUAAAACUCAUAUUUAAUCUUUACAAGCACUUUUUUUUUUUUUUAAAAGGGCACUCCAGUUACAUGUACUUGGCUUGCAGAGUCUUGGGGACACGCUGGUCGAAUCACAUCCACAAUCACACUGUCCCAGAGUGUGCAGACAUGAUCACACACAGCCCCAUCCCCUCCACCCCAGCAUGUCUGACCCUGUGUGGGGGUGAGGACAGGGAAUUAUAUAGGGCACAGCUGGGGAACAAACGGGUCCUGAGCACACUCCCCAUGCCACAUAUUUGUCUCAGGCCCACCCAGGGGACCCCUCCCCAGUGGAGGAGACAGGUUAGAACUGCUGCUCUCUGCCAGCCCCUAGUCUAAUAUAUCCUCCUCGUAAAGAUUUCUGGAACCAGGAGGGCAGACCUGGGCCAUGUGUAUACUGGGGGGUGUCUGUAGGGUGUCACAUAGUCACUCAGCAAACCCUACCCCCGAGGCUGCCCCUCCCGCCUCCUCACUCCUGCAUGGGGUGGCUCAUGCUGUCAUUUGGGACAAUCUGCUCUUCUGCAGUGCCUGUGCUUAUGUUUUUCUCUGGGGCAUGGGAUGCCUGGGGGCCGGGGAUUGUCUACGAUUCCCUCGCUAUUCUGUAAGGGCCCUGCUGGCCGCUGACCGCAGCUGCCCCUCCAGGGAACAGCCAGAGGGGUGAAGGGCAGGGGGAGCUGUCGGGGGCAGCUGAGGCAGAGGAAAGUGCAUCCUCUGGGAGUUGGCAAGGGGCUCAUGACGUUAGCAGUGACGUCAAGCCAGACCCUGCUCCUCUUUGGGCCUCAGUUUCCCCAUCUGUGAGUGAGUACCCUUUCAGCCCCUCCCAGCGCUGACAUGGGAACUGCACUGUUCUGGAGUCCUUCCUCAGCCCCUUUGUGCAUUCAUGCAUUCCUGUCACGAGUAUUUGUUGAGCACCUACUGUAUGCCAGGGACCCGGAACAGUGCAGGCCUGGCCUUGGGGAAGCAGCAGUCACUUCAAUUAUGUGUGGCCUUCUAUGAUUGUCUCUGCAACCAGGGCUGCAGGUGGGGAGUCCUAGGAGCCCCCAGUUCCACAGGGACGCGUGGGGCCUCGGCACCCCUUGGUGGCAGGAUGGGGGACUCGUGGCAGUCCCCAAGUGCUCUGUGUCCACCUCCCCCAUUGCACCCACUUUCCCGUGGACACUGGCCGUCCUCAGGAAUGCCUGUCCCCUCCAGCCUCCCUACAUCAGCACCGACACCCACAGCUACUCUCUGUACCUGUCUGGACUGCCAUUAUCACCCUGGCUCCCAUUAGUCCCUGAGCCUGUCCCCUCUGUCCCACCAUGGCUUGAAGCUGUGUCAGGGAAUGAGAUUUCGGGUCCUCUGGGUCACGGAGCCCUGUGAGGCUUCCCCACUGUCUGGCUCCAGAUGGCCAGCCCUGUCCCAGCUAGACCGGGUGGCAUAAUGCCCCAGAGGUCCACAGGACCCCAGGACUCUGGCUGAUGUCCACGACAUAGAACAGAGAGAGGAGGGGGGAGACGUAAGCAGCUGGAGACGUUCUCUCGUGUGAGGCUGUCCCUUGUCCCCAGGGAGCUCACCAUUCUUAUGUGAGCAAGAUGACCUAAGGCCUGGUGACCAGGUGACUUCCCAGCAUCAUUUCUUACCGGCCACCCCCAUGUUGUUUCCAGGGAUAAUCAUGUAACCAUCAGCAACAAACACUGUUGUCCACACUCACUCUUUAGCUUUAAAGCAAAGGCUCGAACGAUUUAAAGAGAGGGAAAAAUAUGUCAAUUCUGGAUACUCAAAUUCAGCAAAAUAUUUCACAUAGGAACUAACGUUUGCACUUACGCAGCAAAUAUUACACUGUGUCGGUGGUUUACAUUAGAAACGGAAGUAAAAGCUCCAGGCGGGUCCACAGAGUCACAGAAAGGAAGUGGCUCCUCGUCCCUGCAACCCCCAGUUCUCAUUUUUGUUUGGAAUUUACUGCAUCUGCCUGGGAAGAUGCAGAACACACGGGGUGAGAGGCACAAACGUUGUCCAAAGUGGCCACAAAUGAUCACAAACGGUGGGAACUUACUCUCGGGGGAAGCAGCAGCGGAGCUCAUGGGCGUCCAGAACUGGGAAUUCUGUGCAUCGACUUCCAUGGGAUGCAACGUGUACUGAAGGAUAAAGAACUAAAACUUGUGAGUUGGUAGCAUGCAUUCAUGCUAGUAAAACAAAAGUAACCACAGCAA